UGGAUUCCUGCCCCCUCUCGGCUCCUGAGGUCAGGGGGCUCACCCUCGAGCUUUGCCUGGAGAGCGUGUUUGUGCAUGUGUGUGUCCUCUGGCUGUCGGAGGGCCUUGGUCUGUGUCUGCCUGUUCCCACAGGUGUCCAUGCACACUCUAGGUCUACCCAUGUGCCUGUGUGCACCUUGGCGUCAUCUUGCAUGUGUGUGGCCCGUGUGUUUGUGCAUCCCUGUGAGUGUCUGCAUUUCUGAGUGUGUACCCAUGUCUCUGUGUGUUCACCCGUAUGCCUGUCUGGGCAUCUGUGUGUGUGUUUCCAGGAAUGUGUGUCCCCAUGUGUCCCUUGAGUGUCUCUGUUGAUGUGCCCCGUGCCUUCACACGUGUCCCUGAGUCUUGGUUGCCGUGAAGAUGCAGGGAGAAAUCCUGGGGGACAGCGAAGGAUGCUGGGUCCUGGGGCAUCUGCCUGUUCCAUCCUCUCCUGAUUUGCCAGGUAUCCUAGCAACGCUGCUGCCAGUUGCCUAGCAACCAGGUCCCCACUCUUGGAGAAGGUGCUCUGAGCAGGGUCUGAGCUGUGUGGGGAGAGGUCUGGUUCUCCUGCAAAGCUCGUGCAGGAAGUACGACCCCAUGACCGGGAGGGAGCUGGUGAUUCAGCUCAGGGGUCACCCACACGGCCUUGACCUGUGACCUUUCAUCUCAGUGGGUCAGGCAUGGGACCCCCGUGCUGAGAAGGAGGCAACUCUAAAGGAGCCAUUCAGCUGUGUGGGUGCCAGGGGCCUGUCUGAGGGAGUGAUGCUCAGGCAUUGAUCUGGGACCCAGCUGUGGCAGAGGUGCCCUGGGCGUGUCUCCAAGUGACGAACAGACCUGGGUUUCAACCCUGUCUGCCACUGUGACAGGUGGCCUCACACCUCUGCGGCUUCAUGCUCUCCGCAGUCGCCGGGUACUGCACUGAGUGGAUUUGCAGGGCAGUGGCAUGGAGCCCCUCUUCCCCGCCCCGCUCUGGGAGGUGAUCUACGGCAGCCACCUGCAGGGCAACCUGUCCGUCCUGAGCCCCAACCACAGUCUGCUGCCUCCGCAUCUGCUGCUCAAUGCCAGCCACGGCGCCUUCCUGCCCCUCGGGCUCAAGGUCACCAUCGUGGGGCUCUACCUGGCCGUGUGUGUCGGAGGGCUCCUGGGGAACUGCCUUGUCAUGUACGUCAUCCUCAGGCACACCAAAAUGAAGACAGCCACCAACAUUUACAUCUUUAACCUGGCCCUGGCCGACACUCUGGUCCUGCUGACACUGCCCUUCCAGGGCACAGACAUCCUCCUGGGCUUCUGGCCGUUUGGGAAUGCCCUGUGCAAGACAGUCAUUGCCAUUGACUACUACAACAUGUUCACCAGCACCUUCACCCUGACUGCCAUGAGUGUGGAUCGCUAUGUAGCCAUCUGCCACCCCAUCCGUGCCCUCGACGUCCGCACAUCCAGCAAAGCCCAGGCUGUCAAUGUGGCCAUCUGGGCCCUGGCCUCUGCUGUGGGUGUUCCUGUUGCCAUCAUGGGCUCGGCACAGGUCGAGGAUGAAGAGAUCGAGUGCCUGGUGGAGAUCCCUACCCCUCAGGACUACUGGGGCCCUGUGUUUGCCAUCUGCAUCUUCCUCUUCUCCUUCAUCAUCCCUGUGCUCAUCAUCUCUGUCUGCUACAGCCUCAUGAUCCGGCGGCUCCGUGGAGUCCGCCUGCUCUCAGGCUCCCGAGAGAAGGACCGGAACUUGCGGCACAUCACUCGGCUGGUGCUGGUGGUGGUGGCUGUGUUCGUGGGCUGCUGGACGCCUGUCCAGGUCUUCGUGCUGGUCCAAGGUCUGGGAGUUCAGCCGGGCAGCGAGACUGCUGUGGCCAUUCUGCGCUUCUGCACAGCCCUGGGCUACGUCAACAGCUGCCUCAACCCCAUCCUCUAUGCCUUCCUGGAUGAGAACUUCAAGGCCUGCUUCCGCAAGUUCUGCUGUGCAUCUGCCCUGCGCCGGGACGUGCAGGUGUCUGACCGUGUGCGUAGCAUUGCCAAGGAUGUGGCCCUGGCCUGCAAGACCUCGGAGACGGUACCACGGCCCGCAUGACUAGGCGUGGACCUGCCCAUGGUGCCUGUCAGCCCGCAGAGCCCAUCUACGCCCAACACGGAGCUCACACAGGUCACUGCUCUCUAGGCUGACACCCUGAACCCUGAACAUCCAGAGCCUGGGAUGGGCUUUUCCCUGUGGGCCAGGGACGCUCGGUCCCAGAGGAGGACCUAGUGACAUCAUGGGACAGGUGAAAGCAUUGGGGCCACCUCCAUGGCCCCAGACAGACUAAAGCUGCCCUCCUGGUGCAGGGCUGAGGGGACACAAGGACCCACCUGGAAGCAGCUGCCGUGCUGGUGGAUGGCCGUGACUGGAGCCCGUGCCCCUGCCUCCCCGCGCUUCACCUGACUCUUGGCCUCUCUGCUGCUGCAUUGGCACAACCCUGGGUGGGCACGCACCCGGAGGAGGAGCAGCAGCUGUGUCAUCCUGUGCACCCCCAUGUGCUGUGUGCUGUUUGCAUGGCAGGGCUCCAGCUGCCUUCAGCCCUGUGACGUCUCCUCAGGGCAGCUGGACAGGCUUGGCGCUGCCCGGGAAGUGCAGCAGGCAGCUUUUCUUUGGGGUGGGACUUGCCCUGAGCUUGGAGCUGCCACCUGGAGGACUUGCCUGUUCUGACUCCACCUGUGCAGCCAGGGCCACCCCGGGAGCUGCAGACCGUGAGCUGGUCCUGGGCCAGCCGCACCUCUGAAGGUUUUCUGUGUGCUGCGCUGUGCAGGCCUCGUCCCUGACUGCAGCUGGACUGUGGGCCCAACCCCCAUUUCCCUUCAGGAGACCAACGAGAGGCCCUGGCCCAUUCCCCCCAGCGGUGCAAUGAACUAUCAUGCUGUGGGCCGUCAGCUGAGCUCUGCUUCUCGGUGUGUGGCAGCUGUCUCGGGAGGAAGGAGCUGCGUGACCACGUGGGCAGCUCUGUUGUUCACAAAGUGGAGGCCUCGUUUUCCUGGUCUUGACUGCUCUGUUUGGGAGGGAGAAGAUUCUCUGGGGGUCCCCACACCCUCCCAGGGCUCCCCUCACAGCCUGUCCUUUGCUUGAAGCCAGAGGUCAGUGGCCGUGCUCUGUUGCGGGGGAAGCUGUGUGGAAGGAGAAGCUGGUGGCCACAGCGGAGUCCUGCUCUGGUGACGCCUGCUUCAUUUACUGGCUCUGCGUAGGGCCUGAGCUUGCUGCCCAACGGGAGGAUGGCUUCACAGCAGAGCCAGCAUGAGGGGUGGGGCUUGGCAGGGCUUGCUUGAGCCAAACGGCAAAGGCUGUGGUGGCUGUGAGGACGCUGCGGCGGUGGGGGGGCCUCCGUACCUCAGGGGAUGCCCCGCUGUGGUCACCCAGAGAAUCACCCUUCCUGGUCUACAGAUGGAAGCUGCAGGCUGGUGACUUUGCAAACGCACUUCCUACGGAUGAACUAUUAAAAGACCUGUAACAUUGAAAAAACUCAUUUUUUCCACCAAGACCUUGGCCAGGUAACCUACCUUAGGCACCUGCAAAGAACAGGAAGUGAUGGCUGUGUCCCAACAGAGCCUGGGCUGCUCCUCCAGCUCUGGGGAGUCUAGGCCGUGGGGACUGUUCUGGGGAGGCCCAUGCUGUCUCCAUGACGUCUGUGUCAGGAGUCUCUGAGGUCGGGAGCUGCCUAGCUACAGUUUUCUUACCAAGGUUAAGUGUUUUGUGAAUCUGUGCUGAUGUAAUGUGCAUCUUCACGUAUUUAUGCAUGUGGCAAGCGUUACUUCCUGUGCACGUAGCCAGCCCUGGGUCUGUCUCUGGGGUAAUGAAAAAGGACCGUAAUAAGCACCUGCUCACCGGCUGGGUCUUCUUCAUAA